AUGAACUACCUUACGGAGAAAAUUCAGAAGCCCGUACCAUGGAACCUCCUGUAUGCGGAUGAUGUUGCAUUAAUAUCGAACAACAAGCAAGAAGUACAGGACAGCCUAGAGCAAUGGAGGAGCGCCCUCGAGUCCAGUGGACUACGUAUUAGUAGAACUAAGACAGAGUAUAUGGUGUGCAACUUUAGCCUUGACAAAUCUAGCACGACACACACAGAGCUGAAGCUUGAUGGAGAAAUCCUACCGAGAGUAAACAAGUUCAAAUACCUAGGUUCUGUUAUCGCCGAGGACGGCACGAUCACCGCUGACAUAACCCAUAGAACGACGUCUGGGUGGAGUAAAUGGCGAGAACUGACAGGAGUCCUAUGUGAUCCUAAAAUGCCUGUAAGAACCAAAGGCAAAGUCUAUAAAACCGCCGUGAGACCAGUUCUACUCUAUGGCAGCGAAACGUGGGCCUCAAAGCAAACGCAAGAGCAUAAACUACACACGACGGAAAUGCGUAUGCUCCGUUGGGCAGGUGGAGUUACCCUCAAAGAUAAAGUCCGAAAUGAACAUAUACGGGGCAGUUUCAAGGUGGCACCCAUAACCGAGAAGCUCAAAGAAUCCAGACUAAGAUGGUUUGGACAUGUAAUGCGUAGACCCGAAGAUCACGCUGUAAAGAAGUGCCUUUCCAUGGCUACGUUAAAGAGAGGGAAAGGCAGGCCCCUAACAACCUGGAUGUCAAAUGUCCAGAGAGACAUGAAAGAGUUGGGCCUGUCAACUGACGACGCGUAUCAGCGGAAGAAAUGGCGCCUUAAGAUUAGGAAAGCCGACCCCGCGUAACGGGAAGAGGCGAGGACAAA